AGGAUCCGCUCAAAGCCAACAAAGAUGUCUCACAAGAAGUUGUUAUUGUGAAAGAUGAGUUUGACAAAGAGGGCGCUCUCAAGAGCAUGCUGCGGAAGCUGUACGGCGCCCAGAACAAGAACCCUGGAAAGGUGCUGAUUUUUGCAUUUGAUCACGAAGAGUGCGACGCUUUGGCAAAGAAGAUCAAGGCAGCAUUAACGGGAGCAAGUGUGGAGACGCUCCAUGGCAUCAAGAAGCAAGCCGAAAGAGAGACAGCAAUGCAGCGCUUUCGGAGCGGUGACUCCUGGAUCAUGGUCGCCACAAGCAUCGCAGGUCGAGGUUUGGAUAUCAAGGAUAUCAACUUGGUCAUCAACUACGAUCCGCCAGAGGAUGGCCAAGACUACGUGCAUCGCAUUGGUCGAACUGGCCGUGCCGGGCGCAAGGGGAAGGCCAUCACCCUUCUGCGAAAAGGUCCAGAUGGGCGUGCCAUGAUUUACAUCACACAGGUCAUGCGUCGAACGGGUCUUGACGUUCCUCAGGACCUCAUCGAGGCGCUUAAGCAGCGCCGGGGACGAGACAUGAGUUUGGCAGCAGAGGUGCUGCAGGGUUUGACAAACCAACAACGUUUGGAAAGAAGUUGGGCCAAGCUGAUCUGAUCAGUCGCAAGAGGGCCAAAA